AAAAUCGCUGGAAAUGAGUCCACUCUUAAUAAUGCGAAAUGUCAUAGGUGACUCUCAUUAAAGUGAAAAGGAACACUUUUUUAGCAGUUUUAAAACCUGUAGUUCAAGGAAAUCUAAAACAAAAACUUGAAAUUCAGAAUGGGAACUUUUACUUAAGUUUUCGCUGCAGCAUUCAACUGCGUAUUGGGUGUUGCGAUUUUUUUUGUUGACAUUUUGUGCUCCAACUCUAUCAUUGUUCACAGGACCGUGAGAGAAAAUUUAUCUGCUUCUGCGCAUUUAUUCUGCGCUUAUAUUACCACUCUCUUUCAUAGAAACAACUCAACCAUUUCGUGUAACUUAAAUUGUACCUUCAUCUUUGUUUUUAUUAUAAUUAAUUAAAUUUAUUGUUAAAAAGGAAAGGUAGAAGAACUAUUUGCUACAAAAGUCAGCUUAGCAUUUGUGCAGAACACCAGAAAAUCUAUGUCUACCGGUAUUCAGAAUUUAAACACUUUUGAUCCGUUUGCUGAUGCAAUCCGGGCUGAUGAGCAAGGUGGUCAAGACAAACUAAUUCACGUUAGAAUCCAGCAGCGGAACGGACGUAAAACUUUAACUACUGUGCAAGGCAUCUCUGAUGAUUACGACAAGAAAAAGAUUGUAAAAGCCUGUAAAAAGGAAUUUGCUUGCAAUGGAACUGUUGUGGAACAUUCUGAGUAUGGAGAGGUAAUUCAACUUCAAGGAGAUCAAAGAAAUAAUAUUUGUCAGUUUCUAACAAAGGUUGGCAUUGCCAAACCUGAACAGCUUAAAAUACAUGGUUUCUAAAUUUGCCUUAGAAUCUUUUUGCUACACCUAAAAUGUGGAGUUCUUUAUGUUUUGUGAAAUAUUUUUAAUCAUGUGUAUUAAUUGUAAUUAAAGAGCAGUUUAAAAUGUAUAUGACUUAACUUAUUUAAUAAUAAGAUUCCAAAUUCUUUUCUAGCCUUAAUUUUUUACUUUAUUUGUUCAUAGUUGGCAUUUAUUUUUAUUAAAACUUGUGCUGUAUACAUACAUUCCAAAAAUGAGAGUAAAAUUAAAUUUGAGAUAGCCUUCCCAUUUUAAAUAUUAGGUUUUAAGUAAAUUUAUUCAGAAUGCUUCCUUGUUCUAUGAAAUGUUGCAAAUUACAUGUAUGCCAACUUUACAGAAUUUCUGUAGUUACUAUGAAAGGACAUUAACCUCCGUCUGUCAAGAAUUGUUAAUAUAUUUAUGGUCUUGAUUGUAAUGAAAUUUUUUGUUGCUAUUCCAGAAUGAUCCCUAUAUUUCUUAGACCAACUCAGCUAAAUUGUAAUAAGUUAUUAGCUUAUUUAUUAAACAUGUAUAUUUUGGAAUGUUGCUUAAGACUUGGAACUUAAUAUGAACAAAGAGGUAGCAAUUUUUAUUUGUAACUCUUGCAUGUAUGACAUGUAAGCUAUCGAUAUAAUAAAUUUUAAUAAAGUUUGAUUUUUGCGUA